CAAAGCGUAGCGAGUGACCUGAACAUGAGUGAGAUGAGCUACACGGAUGUCCCGCCACAGCCUGCCCCACGGAGGAGGAGUAGGCAGGAGGAGGAGAGCCGUGUGCCUCCUCUGGACAUAGAGAAGGAUGCUGACCAUGCCAGAUGGGUGGAGCAGCAGGCCAAGAGAAUGGAGAAGCUAACAGUGAAGGAGGACUCCUGGAGUGCUGCACCCCAGCCAGCUGAGAGGAGGAUGUCUGACACUAACAGGUCCAUGUACAGCACUAAGAAUAGGACCAAGUCUCAGACUAUGAAACAGAUAGAGGCAGAGGAGGAGGAGCUGAAGUACCUGGAGUUUGUGACAGAUGUGACAAACGACAUCCUGGCUAGGGGCAUAUUUACCAACAAGGUCCUGCUGCAAGUGUUUGACAGUCAUGUCCAGAAGAGGGAUGGAGAGUUGAAUGAGACCCGGAUGCGGCAAAUGAUCGACAUCCUUCGAGAAGAUUUGGGCAUCGCUGAUGAUUCCAAGGCCCCAGACACCCGCUACACUCUCCGCCCCAGGCCUGAUGAGGACAUGCUAGAGGACAAGCCGUCUACGAUGGGGAGUGACACGUUUGGGCCAGAGGACGUCAACAGGGAAUAUGAAAACAUUCUAAAUAAACAAGCCACGGGGGAUGGCUUGGAUGAUACAGAAACUAUCCCCAAAGACAUUUCAGAAGCACGUACAGAGAAUGGACAUACUGAAGAUGACAGACACGCCCCUGUUGGGUCUCCUCUUAGUCUGUCAGAUGAUGAAGACAGGAAAGAGUCAGAUGAUGAGGAUGAUGGGAAGGAGGAGAGGAGAGACAGUACCAGCUCACCUACUCUGAGCUCCACAUCCACAUCUGAGAAGAGUUUGAGUGCAUCUAUGUCCUGAUAAUGGUUUUGACCCAUCUCUAAAUUUUACAAUUGUAUAGUAGAGUUGCUGGGUGUGAGCUCAAAAAGGAAGAUUCCUGAAUUCUUCUCUCUGAACUAUGAUGUCUUUACAUUGUCAAUAUUAACAGUUCCUGUUAUAACAUGCACUUAUACCAUUAUUCAACUUUGCAACAGCUUCCAAAUGCAUGUAUACAUUUUGACUUUCAAAAGGCAUUACAUUAAGUAAGUGCUGCUGUAUCUUUUGGAAGCUAUUGUGUACGAUAGAACAACUGUAUCAAAGUCUGUCAUUUAUUUUCCUUAGAAUAUCAGCACAAACUGUGGAAAUUACAAUUUAGUUGCUGGAGCAACCUGAGUUAACCUGUGUGGUUUAUUAAAGUCUCUACGAUCAAGACCAAAGGGAUAUGUUGUAACAUCACAAACAAUUAACAACUAUGUGUACCAAAGUGUAGAAAGUUAAGUUAAAAGUUAGGCUAUUACCUGGCUUUUGAUGAUGUAUUUUUGCAAUACAUGUAUGUAGAAAGUGGCUGCAUCAAAUACCUAUUGUUUCUGUAAUGUGUCAAGUUUGAAACUUUUACAAAGAGCCAAUGUAAAUGCUAGCUAUGGUGAAAUAUUUUACAGAUAAGGGAAAGAAAAGGCAAAUGAAAUGCUUGUACAAAGUAGUAUUUCUAAAAUCUUACAAACUUUAUAAAUCUAAUAAAUUUUACAAAGUCUGAUACAAAUGUACUAAAAGCCUUCAGAGGAACCUGCUGUUAUGUGAAAAACCACAAGGGGGAGUUUGUGCCUGAGGGCUUGAUAUGAAAAUAUGAGAUAAGCAUUAGAAAUUCUUA